UUAUAAGACGGCAGCUGCCUGCAGAGGGUGCCAUACAUCCACCACCAUGAGGAUAACUCUGGCCGCUCUCGCCCUGUGCCUUGUGGUAUCCACAUGCCACAGUCAGCAGACGCCGCCAGGUCCUCCGACUGGUGGCCCAGAACCAACUGGUCCACCAGGCACCCCUACAGGAGGACCUCAAACAACUGGCCCACCAGGUCCACCAACUACUGGAGGUCCUGAACCAACUGGACCACCAGGGACCCCUACAGGUGAACCUCAAACAACUAGCCCACCAGGUCCACCACCUACUGAUGGACCUGGACCAACUGCCACAACAGGUGUAAAUACUCCAUACCCUGAUCCAACUUGGCCCACCUGGUUCCAUUUAUGAAACCACUCUGCCAUUUCAUGAAGAGGAACAUCUUUCAGGAGGAAGCACUUCAGAACUCGGCUUAACACGGAAUUACCGCCAGAAUUGGACUCUACAUUGUUAGUUUAUUGAUGAAUUUUGUAUCUUUACUUGUAGUUCCUUAUUUAUUAUACGAGCAAUGAAGAACCGAAA